CUUCCCAAAGUGUUGUAAUAAUAGGCGUGAGUCACCAUGCCCAGCUGAUCUUAAUUUUAAAAGAUACCUUACCAAGAGCACAUACCUUUCUCUUCAACAUAAAUAAGUGAAAAGGCAUAGAUCAUCUCCAAGAAAAUAAAUGCAAAUUGCUGACAAAUAGAUGAAAAUAUGAAUUCUUAUGGAGGAAAUAUUAUUAAGAUGAGUUUAGGAAUAUGGGCAAAAUGACAGUUGAUGAAGAAGAUGAGGUAGAAAUGAAUGACCUGGGCAAAGGCCCAAGUGCAAGAAGAGACAAGACCUAUUUUGGGGAAUUGUAAGUCGAACUAAUGUUUGAUUGUAUUUAGGAAAGUACUACAAGAUAAUAGAAGUGUAGUUUGGUUCUAAAUUAAGGAAGCCAGAAGAUGCUUUGCUGUAAGCAUUGAGAAUCACUGAAGGGGUUUUGAGCAGGAUAGUGAAUCAAGACAAUGCUUUGGGAAGAUUAAUCUGGCAGUAAUGUGUAGGAUGGAUUAGAAUUUAUGAGCUUCUAUUAAAAAAAGAUAAUGUUUGAAUUAUUGCUCUGCUAUUAAUGUCAUCUGACUGUAAAGGAAAGUGUGCUUUUGACAGUUUCAGAAAAAAUAUUUUGACUCUCAGUUAAAUUUCUCUAAAAUGACAUACUGCAACUUAAAUAAGGCCAACAUAAUUUAGGUGUCUUAAGAGUACUUUCCCACAAGGUUUCCACCUGAAAACAGUAUACCUUCAAAAUAGUCUUUCAUAUUUUGCUUUUUAUUUUGUAAUUUCUUAAUAUUUUAAAAAUAAUAGAUGUACAUUUUUGUAAGGGAAAUAGCACAAAAUAGCAUAUAGUAAAUCUUAGACUCCUAAUCCCCAGUCUUCUAGUUCUCCUACCCAGGGAGCAAUUAUUUGUAAGUUAGUCCAGAUUACCUAUACAAAGUGUUCACAUAGGCAAGCAUAUCUUUUCACAAAUGGUAACGGAGAACAAAACCUGUUCUGUACCUUAUCUUUUUAUUCACUUAUUACUCUCUCUUAGAUAUCAUUCCAUUAUCUAUACUUGUCCUGUAUCUCUUGAGUUCUUGAAUUUUCGUAAAAUGGCACAAGAAGUCUUUUCCAUUUGAAAAACAUCACCAUUCCUUAAUAUUUAAUCAAAAUAUUCUUUGUGAAAUGCCUAUGUCUGUUUCCUUCCUAAUGAUGAUCCAUACAGGCUAACGUAUUUUUGUUAAGCACAGUUGACCCUUGAACAGUGCAGGGGUUAGGGAAACCCCUUGUGCAAUUGAAGAUUCAUGUGUAACUUUUGACUCUCCCAAAACUUAACUACUGAUAGUCUGUUGUUCGUCGGAAGCCUUACCAAUAUCAUAACAGUAGUUUAUCACAUAUUUUGUAUGUUAUAUGUAUUAUAUACUGUAUUCUUAAAGUCAACUAGAGAAAAGAACAUGUUAUUAAGAGGAUCAUAAAAAAGACAAUGUAUUUACUAUUCAUGAAGUGGAAAUGGAUCGUCUUUGAGGUCUUCAUCCUUGUCUUCACAUUGAGUUGACUGAGGAGGAAGAGGAGAGGGAUAUGAAGAUUGGUUACGGCAUAACUCAGAUAAUGAAGUAAAUGGAGCUCCUGUUUAUGUUGUUCGAAGUGGUGGCCUUGUAAAAACUAGAUCCAAAAACAUUCGGGUAUGCAUCUGGUGGGUGAUAUUGUUCGAAUAGCCAAAGAUGAAAUUUUUCCUGCAGACUUGGUGCUUCUGUCCUCAGAUCGACUUGAUGGUUCCUGUCACGUUACAACUGCUAGUUUGGAUGGAGAAACUAACCUGAAGACACAUCUGGCAGUUCCAGAAACAGCAUUAUUACAAACAGUUGCCAAUUUGGACACUCUAGUAGCUGUAAUAGAAUGCCAGCAACCAGAAGCAGACUUAUACAGAUUCAUGGGACGAAUGAUCAUAACCCAACAAAUGGAAGAAAUUGUAAGACCUCUGGGUCCAGAGAGUCUCCUGCUUCGUGGAGCCAGAUUAAAAAACACAAAAGAAAUUUUUGGUGUUGCUAUAUACACUGGAAUGGAAACUAAGAUGGCAUUAAAUUACAAGAGCAAAUCACAGAAACGAUCUGCAGUAGAAAAGUCAAUGAAUACAUUUUUGAUAAUUUAUCUAGUAAUUCUUAUAUCUGAAGCUGUCAUCAGCACUAUCUUGAAGUAUACAUGGCAAACUGAAGAAAAAUGGGAUGAACCUUGGUAUAACCAAAAAACAGAACAUCAAAGAAAUAGCAGUAAGAUUCUGAGAUUUAUUUCAGACUUCCUUGCUUUUUUGGUUCUCUACAAUUUCAUCAUUCCAAUUUCAUUAUAUGUGACAGUUGAAAUGCAGAAAUUUCUUGGAUCAUUUUUUAUUGGCUGGGAUCUUGAUCUGUAUCAUGAAGAAUCAGAUCAGAAAGCUCAAGUCAAUACUUCCGAUCUGAACGAAGAGCUUGGACAGGUAGAGUACGUGUUUACAGAUAAAACUGGUACACUGACAGAAAAUGAGAUGCAGUUUCGGGAAUGUUCAAUUAAUGGCAUGAAAUACCAAGAAAUCAAUGGUAGACUUGUACCCGAAGGACCAACCCCAGACUCUUCAGAAGGAAACUUAUCUUAUCUUAGUAGUUUAUCCCAUCUUAACAACUUAUCCCAUCUUACAACCAGUUCCUCUUUCAGAACCAGUCCUGAAAAUGAAACUGAACUGAUUAAAGAACAUGAUCUCUUCUUUAAAGCAGUCAGUCUCUGUCACACUGUACAGAUUAGCAAUGUUCAGAUUGACUGUAUUGGUGAUGGUCCCUGGCAAUCCAACCUGGCACCCUCGCAGUUGGAGUACUAUGCAUCUUCACCAGAUGAAAAGGCACUAGUAGAAGCUGCUGCAAGGAUUGGUAUUGUGUUUAUCGGCAAUUCUGAAGAAACUAUGGAAGUUAAAACACUUGGAAAACUGGAACGGUACAAACUGCUUCAUAUUCUGGAAUUUGAUUCAGAUCGUAGGAGAAUGAGUGUAAUUGUUCAGGCACCUUCAGGUGAGAAGUUAUUAUUUGCUAAAGGAGCUGAGUCAUCAAUUCUCCCUAAAUGUAUAGGCGGAGAAAUAGAAAAAACCAGAAUUCAUGUAGAUGAAUUUGCUUUGAAAGGGCUAAGAACUCUGUGUAUAGCAUAUAGAAAAUUUACAUCAAAAGAGUAUGAGGAAAUAGAUAAACGCAUAUUUGAAGCCAGGACUGCCUUGCAGCAGCGGGAAGAGAAAUUAGCAGAUGUUUUUCAGUUCAUAGAGAAAGACCUGAUAUUACUUGGAGCCACAGCAGUAGAAGACAGACUACAAGAUAAAGUUCGAGAAACUAUUGAAGCAUUGAGAAUGGCUGGUAUCAAAGUAUGGGUACUUACUGGAGAUAAACAUGAAACAGCUGUUAGUGUGAGUUUAUCAUGUGGCCAUUUUCAUAGAACCAUGAACAUCCUUGAACUUAUAAACCAGAAAUCAGACAGCGAAUGUGCUGAACAGUUGAGGCAGCUUGCCAGAAGAAUUACAGAGGAUCAUGUGAUUCAGCAUGGGCUGGUAGUGGAUGGGACCAGCCUAUCUCUUGCACUCAGGGAGCAUGAAAAAUUAUUUAUGGAAGUUUGCAGAAAUUGUUCAGCUGUAUUAUGCUGUCGUAUGGCUCCACUGCAGAAAGCAAAAGUAAUAAGACUAAUAAAAAUAUCACCUGAGAAACCUAUAACAUUGGCUGUUGGUGAUGGUGCUAAUGACGUAAGCAUGAUACAAGAAGCCCAUGUUGGCAUAGGAAUCAUGGGUAAAGAAGGAAGACAGGCUGCAAGAAACAGUGACUAUGCAAUAGCCAGAUUUAAAUUCCUCUCCAAAUUGCUUUUUGUUCAUGGUCAUUUUUAUUAUAUUAGAAUAGCUACCCUUGUACAGUAUUUUUUUUAUAAGAAUGUGUGCUUUAUCACACCCCAGUUUUUGUAUCAGUUCUACUGUUUGUUUUCUCAACAAACGUUGUAUGAUGGCGUGUACCUGACUUUAUACAAUAUUUGUUUUACUUCCCUACCUAUUCUGAUAUAUAGUCUUUUGGAACAGCAUGUAGACCCUCAUGUGUUACAAAAUAAGCCUACUCUCUAUCGAGACAUUAGUAAAAACCGCCUCUUAAGUAUUAAAACAUUUCUUUAUUGGACCAUCCUGGGUUUCAGUCAUGCCUUUAUUUUCUUUUUUGGCUCCUAUUUACUAAUAGGGAAAGAUACAUCUCUGCUUGGAAAUGGCCAGAUGUUUGGAAACUGGACAUUUGGCACUUUGGUCUUCACAGUCAUGGUUAUUACAGUCACAGUAAAGAUGGCUCUGGAAACCCAUUUUUGGACUUGGAUCAACCAUCUCGUUACCUGGGGAUCUAUUAUAUUUUAUUUUGUGUUUUCCUUGUUUUAUGGAGGGAUUCUCUGGCCAUUUUUGGGCUCCCAGAAUAUGUACUUUGUGUUUAUUCAGCUCCUAUCAAGUGGUUCUGCUUGGUUUGCCAUAAUCCUCAUGGUUGUUACAUGUCUAUUUCUUGAUAUCAUAAAGAAGGUAUUUGACCGACACCUCUACCCUACAAGUACUGAAAAGGCACAGCUUACUGAAACAAAUGCAGGUAUCAAGUGCUUGGACUCCAUGUGCUGUUUCCCGGAAGGAGAAGCAGCGUGCGCAUCUGUUGGAAGAAUGCUGGAACGAGUUAUAGGAAGAUGUAGUCCGACCCACAUCAGCAGAUCAUGGAGUGCAUCGGAUCCUUUCUAUACCAACGACAGGAGCAUCUUGACUCUCUCCACAAUGGACUCAUCUACUUGUUAAAGGGGCUGUAGUACUUUGUGGGAGCCAUUUCACCUCCUUUCCUAAAAUUCAGUGUGAUCACCCUGUUAAUGGCCACACUAGCUCUGAAAUUAAUUUCCGAAAUCUUUGUAACAGUUCACACCCACUCCGAGUUACGAUGGCAGACAAACAGAAAGCAUUAAUACAAGCCCCUCCUAACACCCUUAAUUUGAAUCUGAACAUGUUAAAAUUGGAGAAUAAAGAGACAUUUUUCAUCUCUUUGUCUGGUUUGUCCCUUGUGCCUAUGGGACUCCUAAUGGCAUUUCAGUCUGUUGCUGAGGCCAUUAUAUUUUAAUAUAAAUGUAGAAAAAAGAGAUAAAUCUUAGUAACGUGUAUUUUUUAGUAUUAACUUGAUUAUUGACUCUUCUAUUUAAAUCUGCUUCUGUAAAUUAUGCUGAAAGUUUGCCUUGAGAACUCUAUUUUUUUAUUAGAGUUAUAUUGAAACUUUUCAUGGGAAAAGUUAAUGUGAAUACUGAGGAAUUUUGGUCCCUCAGUGACCUGUGUUGUUAAUUCAUUAGUGCAUUCUGAGUUCACAGAGCAAAUUAGGAGAAUCAUUUCCAACCAUUAUUUACUGCAGUAUGGAUACCAGUUCCUCUAACUGUACUGUAACACAGCCUGUAAAGUUAGCCAUAUAAAUGCAAGGGUGUAUCAAAUAUACAAAUCAGGAAUCAGGUCUGUUCACCGAACUUCAAAUUGAUGUUUACUAAUAUUUUUGUGACAGAGUAUGAAGACCCUAUAGUGGGUAAAUUAGAUACCGUUAACAUAUUAUUAAUUUAAUGUCUUUAUCAUUGGAUCUUUUGCAUGCUGUAAUCUGGUUAACACAUUUAAAUUUGCUUUUUUUCCUCUUUACCCGAAGGCUCUGUGUAUAGUAUUUCAUGGCAUUGUUGUAAAGUUUAACUAUAUCAAUAAAAAGUUUGGACAGUAUUUAAAUAUUGCAAAUAUGUUUAAUUAUACAAAUCAGAAUAGUAUGGGUAAUUAAAUCAAUAAAAAGAGAAGAGCCUCUUUCUGCGACCAACUUACAAUUGCUCUUCCCCUUGUAAGCUAGAUUUUAGAAUAAAGGGUUUCAGUUAAUAAUCUUAUUUUUUAUGUUAUCUAAGUUAUAGCACACUACCACAAUACAGUGGGUUCUGCCAGUGUCCCAGUGCAAGGCAUAUUUUCAGGUGUGGCUAUGGAAUGUAAAUUGUUAAAGUUUAAAAUGCUAAACUUGUAUCAGGUAACAUUAGCAAUAAAUUACAAUGCUAAGAAUGAUUAAUCGGAUAGAUGUUACUGUAAUUAACUCAUUGCACUUCAAAACCUAACUUCCAUCCUGAAUUUAUCAAGUAGUUCUGUAUUGUCAUUUGUUUUUGUUUUGUUGAAAUGUUGUCUUAAGAUUUAGAAGUGAUUAUUAGCUUAAGAAUUAUUUAUUACCCAGCUCUAAGCAAAUAAUGAUUGUAUACAUAUUAAGAAAAUGGUUAAAUGCGGUUUUACCAAGUUUUCCCUUGAAAAUGUCAUUCUUUUAUGGAGAUUUAUUGUGCAACCCUAAGCUUCCUUGCCAUUUCAUGAAUAUAAGGCUUCUAGAAUUGGGCUGGCAGGGAAAAGAAUGGUUGAGACAAAAAUUAAGACUUUAUCUUUGUUUGCUUGUAAACUAUUUUCUUGCUAAUGUAACAUUUGUCUGUUCCAGUGAUGUAAGGAUAUUAAGUAAGUUAUUAAGCUAAAUAUUAAUUUUCAAAAACAGUCCUUCUUUAACUUAAGAUAUUCCAUAGUUGGAUUUAGGAAGAUCUGUUAUUCUGGAAAUACUUUAAAAGAAUAAUACACUGUACAGUGCCUGCAUUCACUAAUUCAUGUUCCAGAAAAGGAAUACUGCAGAUAUACUCAGUAGAGUACUUUAGUGGAGGAUAUGGAAAUUUGCUUAUAAAGUCUCUUAUAAAACGUACAUAUAACAAAAUGACAUUCAAUAGGCCUGCAUUACAUUUACAUGACAGUGUUUAUUUGCCAUCAAAUAAACUGAGUACUGACACUAGACAAAGACUCCAAAGUCAUAAAGUAGCCUGUGACCAACUGCAGCAAGACAGGUGGUCAGCUCGCCUAGAAUGGUGCUUAAAGUGUGAUUGAUGUAAUUUUCUGUACUCACCAUUUGAAGUUAGUUAAGGAGAACUUUAUUUUUUUUAAAAAAAAAAGUAAAUGGCAUCCACUAGUGUGCUUAUCCUGAACUGUUACCCCAAAUCCACUCCGUUUUUAAAGCAAACUUAUCUUGAUUUUAAGAAGAGUUUUCUAUUUGAGAAAGUAACAAUGCAGUCUACAAGCUUUCAGUAGUUUUCUAGUGCUAUAUUCAUCUUGUAAAACUCUUACUACGUAACCAGUAAUCACAAGGAAAGUGUCCCCUUUGCGUAUUUCUUUAAAAUUCUUUGGAAAGUAUGAUGUUGAUAAUUAACCCUUAUCUGCCAAAAGCAGAGCAAAAUGCUGAAUAUGUUAUUGCUAGUUAAUCAGUGGUCUCAAAUAGAUUUGCCUCCUUUUGCCUUCCUUUGCCUCGUCUGAGGGCUGUAAGCCUGAAGAUAGUGGCAAGCACCAAGUCAGUUUCCAAAAUUGCCCCUCAGCUAAGGCUUUAAGUGACUCAGCACCCUGCCUCAGCUUUAGCAGGCAUAGGCUCACCCUGGGCGGAGCAAAGUAUGGGCCAGGGAGAACUACAGCUACAAAGACCUGCUGUUGAGUUGAGAAAAGGGGAGAAUCUAUGGUCUGAAUUUUCUAACCGUCCUCUUUCUUGGAUCUAAAGCUCAUGAUACACAAAGGCUUCCAGAGCUGAGCCCCGCCCAGGCAGUGUCCUGAACAGGAGACUACACAGAGGCAAAUCAGCCUUAGGGAACACUUGCAUUCUGCCCUACGGUUAGUGCCAGGACUGAGGCCGUUUCUACUGCAGAAGAUUGUGAGAUUGAACUUACCUGAGAGCUGGAGACUCCUGAGAAGCAGGAGUCAAGGCCACUAGAAAAUUGACAGUUAAGAGCCAAAAGUUUUUAAAAUAUGCUACUCUGAAAAUCGCUGUAGGAAAAGGGAGAAUCUUCCAUGUUGGUGUUUUUCCUGUAAAGAUCGGUUUGGGGUAUGAUAUUGGGCAGGUAUUAAUAAAAAUAGCACACCAAAGAGUUCUGUAAAACAUGUUUUAUUGAUUUUGGUCCCCACUUACAUUCUAUUUCUAGGAGUUACCUAUUUUCAUAUAAGUAAAACAUUAUUAAAGUGCUGUUUUAUGUGAAAUAACUUGAAUGUUGUUCCUAUAAAAAAUAGAUCAUAACUAAUACAUUUGUAAUAAUGAUAAUGUUAGAUUUUUAUGAGGAAUGAGUAUCUGGAAAUACUGUAGCAAUACUUUUAGUUUAAAAUUUUGGACCUGAGACACUGUGGCUGUCUAAUGUAAUCCUUUAAAAUUUCUCUGCAUUGUCAGUAAAUAUAGUAUAUUAUUGUACAGCUCUUAGUAAUUUUUUAAAGUUUAUGAAGUUAUAUUUAUCAAAUAAAAAUUUUCCUAUAUAAUUAAAAGUGUUCCUUUAUUUAAGCAUUUUAAGCCUCUCUCUGUUUAUCACAACCUUCACUGCCAAACUUGUUUGAAGUUAAAUUUUACUGUAUUUACCCUUCAUUAUAGGACAGGGAUAUCAUUUAUGCCUUUCACUGACUGCAGUUUUUUAAAAUGUAGUUCUUACCCAGCUUUUAUAGAUCAUCAGUACAACUCCUGGAAAAGACUCUGAUAAGAAUGCGCCAGCUGUAAAGACCAGCAUACCUCAACUAGACUAGAAAUUGCAUCAUUCCUGAAAAGCCAGCCAAGAGCACUUGGGAAUUUGGAAAUGCCCUGGUUCAUAGAAAAUAUGUGCUUUUUAAAAAAAUAUAACUGAUGAUAGAAUGUAUACUUCCCUAUAAAAUAUUCCCGUUUCCUGACACCCAGUUAUUUUCACUGCUUCCUCGGUUGCCAGUUAGAACAGACAUAAUUGUCUAAUCUACAUCUGCGUAAAAAAUUAAGCUGUUGUUGUCUUUGCCCAGCUGUUGUUAGUAUUUGCAAAGGAUGACAAUGCAUGAUUUAUAUAAUGUAAUGUAUUUUUGAGAUGAUGUAAUAAGAAUAUGAUCCUAGACAAAUCAGUUUAGGCAUCUGUUUUUAUAUUUAAAAGGAGUGGACUAUUUUUAGGACGACUACUGUCUUUAACUUCUAAUAUACAAGUAGAACAUGAUGAAUAAUGAACAAGAAAUUUAGGACAAAAAAAUUGGAAGCAUUUCACUGGAAAAUUAGUGAAUUCAAAAAUUCAAGUUUUAUAUUGAGCUAACUGACUCAAAGAAAAGGCUAUUGUAAAUGGAGAUAAGUCACCACACCUCUCUAUGAACAGCCCGAGAACCCUGUGAUAAAUCAGAUUUUUAAAUACUAAUUUAAGGUAAAAUGGUUUGUAUUCAGAUAUAAUUUGUACACAGUAAAAUGUAUAGAUUUUAGGAUUAUAGUUACUCACUUUUGAUAAAUCUCUACACCCAUGUAACCCUUACCCCAAACCAGGUUAAAAAUCCUUCAGUCAUUCCUCAAGGUUCCCUUGUGCCUUUUGCAGUGAAUUUAUUCCCCUCUUGGUCCUGUCCCAGCAACCAUUUUCUGAUUCCUGUUGUCAUAGAUUAAUUUUGCCUAAUCUUGAAUUUUAUGUAAAUGACAGUACACAGUGUGUCACUUUUGUGUCCAGCGUUGUUGCUCAGCGUGUCUGAGAGACUCAUCUAUGUUGUGCCAGGACCCAUGGUUUUCUUUCUGCUACUCAGUAGUGUUUCAUUGCAUGAAUGUACCACAAUUGGUCCUUUCUCCUCUUUAUGGACAUGUGUUUUUUUACAGUUUGGGGCUAUUGUUUAAUAAAGUUAUUAUGAACAUUC